GCUUCCAACGUGGGACUCCGCCGACCAAGAAGAAAAAAAGGAAAACUAACUUAGAGGACAAAACUCAUGGUGGCGAUGCUCGGUCUUGUUACUAUUAAUCGGAAUGUAUUGGUUUUGGGACUACAGUCUGCAACCGAUACACUAUUGGACCUGGACUGAUUAUCUACCGGCGUUUGGGUGCAUUUCAAAGUUGGAUUUGGAGCUUUGGAUUUAAGCAGUCGAGACUGAGAUUUGGACGCACCACUGUUGGACGUAAACUUAUAUGGGCUGAACUUUUCCUGCGCGGUGGACAUUCAGUCACCGUUAAAGUUGCCUUUCCAGACUGUUUCGCUGCUCUUGUUAUGCUCAGAGUUAACCGGUCGCGGUGCCUUUUAACGUCUUUUUGUUGAACGUUUGCAAACAUGUCACCAUAAAUUGGUGGUCGCGCAGAGAAUGUAGCAUUACGUGUUGCAGGCACGCUUAAAAGCUGUUGAACUCAGUACGAUAAUCGAAACUUUUUUUCUUUACAGACUGUGAAUCACCUUUAGAUUUGAAGCGCGCGUCGGACACUGGGGGGAGAAAGUUGGAAGUGUGUCCUAAAUGCUGAUAUUACCACUUGUGUGUGUGGUUUUGUUAACUAAUGGACCCCGACAAGACCUUUGAUAUGUUUUAAAAAGUGUGUUUUAUCUGUACAAGGCUGCACUAUAUUCCAGUUUGCGGGUUCGAGGAGAGAACUCCGUGCCCCCACUAUUGAAACUGGAUACAAAAUGGCGGCGUCCCCGGGACGAUUUGGAUAUGCUUCUCGUUGUGUUUUUUAUUUAUUUUUUGCACUCGAACUUUUUAUCACUGGUGGAUUGAGUUCCGAGUUGCAGUGUGUCCAGAACUGUACCUGCAACGGAGAUUCAGUGGACUGCAGCGGUCUGCAGCUGACAGCUCCGCCCGUGGACCUGCCUGUCCGGACGAUUUCCUUAAACCUUGGCCACAACAAGCUGCCUGCCAUUGACGUGAACGUGUUUGCCAACCUGCCCAAUCUACGAGAGCUGCGGCUGGACCACAAUGAGCUGACCUCCAUACCAGAUUUAGGCCAGGCGGCCUCUAAGAUUGUAUCACUGUACCUACAUCAUAACAAAAUAAGUAGUAUUGAGGGCUCACGGACCAGAGACCUUGUUUCGUUGGAGACCUUAGACCUGAGCAAUAACGACAUCACUGAACUACGAGGACACUCCUUCCCUGCAGGACUCCAGAUUAGAGAUUUGUACCUAAGCAACAACAAGAUCAGUGCAUUAGAGCUGGGAGCACUGGACCAUCUGGGCUCCACUCUCCAGGUCCUGAGAUUGAGCCGAAACCGCAUCAGUCAGGUUCCUGUGAGGGCAUUCCAACUCCCGAGGCUCACCCAGCUUGAACUGAACAGGAAUCGAAUCCGUCAAGUCGAGGGUUUGACCUUCCAGGGCCUUUCUAGCUUGGAGGUGCUGAAGCUGCAAAGGAACAGUAUCAGCAAGCUGACUGAUGGUGCUUUUUGGGAUCUCGCCAAGAUGAAAGUCCUCCACCUGGACUACAACAGCCUGACGGAGGUGAACAGCGGAUCCCUGUAUGGCCUGACUUCUCUUCAGCAGCUUUUCCUCAGCAACAACUCCAUAACCCGCAUCAAUCCUGAUGGCUGGAAGUUCUGCCAGAAGCUAAGGGAACUGAAUCUGUCAUAUAACAACCUGACUCGUCUGGAUGAAGGCAGCCUGGCUGUGCUGGGGGAUCUCCACUCCCUCCGUCUGGGGCACAACUCAAUAAGCCACAUCGCCGAAGGAGCCUUCAGAGGCCUCAGGGCUGUACGCAUCCUGGAACUGGACCAUAACGACAUCUCAGGCACAAUAGAGGAUACCAACGGGGCCUUCUUUGGAUUGGAUAGCCUCAGCAAGCUAACUCUGUUUGGAAACAAGAUCAAGUCGGUGGCAAAGAAAGCCUUCGCUGGCCUAGAGACCCUGGAACACCUGAACUUGGGGGAGAAUGCUAUCCGCUCAAUUCAGCCUGAUGCCUUUAGCAAGAUGAAGAACCUCAAAACUCUUCUCAUCCAGAGCGACAGCUUCCUGUGCGACUGCCAGCUCCACUGGCUGCCUGAGUGGUUGGUGAGCCGUGGUUUACAAGCUGCUGUCAAUGCCACAUGCGCCCACCCUGAAAGCCUUAAGGGUACCAGCGUUUUCCAGGCUCCAUCCAGCAGUUUUGUGUGUGAUGACCUUCCCAAGCCUCAGAUCACAGUUCAGCCAGAAAACACUGUCACAGUUCUCGGAAGCAAUGUACGUCUUACCUGCACGGCCGCGAGCAGCAGCUCCUCCCCUAUGACCUUCGCCUGGCGCAAAGACCAGGAGCUGCUUCGCCACGCUGAGACAGAGAACUACGCUCACGUCCGCGCCCACCACCACGAUACGGCAUCUGAUGGGACAGGUGGAGGUGCUGCAAGCGUGAUGGAGUACACCACCAUCCUGCACCUGCGGCAUGUCACCUUCGCACACGAGGGACGUUACCAGUGCAUCAUCACCAACCACUUUGGCUCUACCUACUCCAGCAAGGCCCGCCUCAUUGUUAACGUCCUGCCAUCUUUCGUGAAGACUCCCAGGGACAGCACCAUCAGGACGGGCCACACCGCCAGGCUGGAGUGCGCCGCCGAGGGCCACCCGGCGCCGCAGAUUGCCUGGCAGAAGGAUGGGGGCACCGAUUUUCCCGCCGCCCGCGAGCGGCGAAUGCACGUCAUGCCCGACGACGAUGUGUUCUUCAUUAUGGACGUCAAGCCAGAAGACAUGGGCGUGUACAGCUGCACUGCCAAAAACACGGCAGGGACCGUGUCUGCCAAUGCCACGCUCACCGUGCUAGAAACCCCCCACCUGGCCCAGGAUUUGGAGGAUCGCAGCGUGGCAGUGGGCGACACGGUGGCGCUGCAGUGCAAAGCGCUCGGCAGCCCGCCGCCCCGCAUCACCUGGCUGCUCGACGACCAGCCCCUGCGCCCCUCCGACAGACACCACUUCACCCCCGGCAACCAGCUUCUGGUCAUCGGCGCCGCAUCGCUGGAGGACGCCGGCCGCUACACCUGCCUCAUGUCCAACACGCUGGGCACGGAGCGAGCUCACAGCCAGCUAGUGGUAACACAGCGGCGCAGCCCCUGCGCCCCGCCUACCGGGCUGAGCACGGUCACCAUCGGCAUCAUCGUCAUCGCUGUGGUGACGAGUAUCGUGGUGACCUCGCUGGUGUGGGUGUGCAUCAUCUACCAGACCAGGAAGAAGAGCGAGGAUUGCAGCGUCACCAACACAGAUGAGACGAUUGUUCCUCCCGACGUGCCGAGCUACCUCUCCUCUCAGGGAACUUUGUCCGAGCGCCAGGACGUGUGUAUCCGAGUGGAGGCCGCCAGUGGACCUCAGCCCAAUGGACACGUUGUAGAAUCAACAGGUUUCGACGGUCCAGUCGUGUGCACGGAUUGCAUGGAGACCAGCAGCCACUACUCCAAAGACCUCGACUACCAGAAGCAGGCCUUUGCUCCGGCAGGCGUCACGGAGUACCAUCAGCACCCGUCUCCCCCUCCUUACUCUCACUGUUACCCAGGCGAGCACACGACGCCGCUCUGCAACGGCAUUCGAAAGGACACUCAAGGAUUUUCCGACAGUCCCGACGGUAGACAAGUGAGCAGCACAGGAGGAACAUCGUCGGCAUACACGUCGCAGGAGGAUUCUUAUCACCCUCCGGUGAAGCUGACGAGCCGCGGACACGUGGACAGUGACUGUGAGCCUGAGCUCAGGCAGACUCUGUUGUCCAAUGGACACGCCCUCAGAGCAGCGCCCAAUGACAGCACCCCCCUAAGGAGAGCCAGCGACUAGCGACGUACCGCAGCUUGAGCUGCGUUGACUCUUUUUUUUUUUUUUUUUGUCUUUCUUUGCACUGGGACAUAAACUGCUACCUCAUAUCGAGGCAAAACGGUCCUCCUAGAUCUUGGGGCGGGGGGGGAGAGUGGGCAUCCGGAGUUUGAAGGCGGAGCUUGUGUGGGUGGCGUCCCAUCUGAGCGUUAUGCGCUGUACAUAGUUUUUAAACAACCUUCCGUUGGGAGGUGACCACUAAGAAUUCUAGCUCCAAAAAAAUGUGACUUGCAUUUGAAGCGUGUAAAUGUAGGCCAGCGUGUACAGUAUGCCAACGUGCAGGGACAGCACACUGUACAUAAGAGUAUUCUUAUAUUAUAUAUUAUAUCACUUUUACAAAAAGAGUAUUUGGAUUUAUGUGCAUGACAAAGAAAGGAGUGAAUAUUUUUCUUCAAAACAACAAAAAAAAACAAACAAAAAAAAAAAAACCCACCAGCCCUUUUCAGCUUUUACCAAGUCAGCUGCGGUGCCUUAUUGCAUGUCAAAGAAAACAACGGUUUUACUGAGAUUGCAAAGGAAACACUUGAUUGCACUUGUCUUCUUUUCAGUCCUCCCGCCAGUCACACAGCCUUACGCAACCAAAUGAUUAUCCGUGGAUGUUGAAUGAAGGACAAGCUUGGGUGUAAAUAGUGUUUGGGAGCUGCCAUGGAAAGCACUUUGUGUUUGCUCCCUUCAUCGUCAUGACGUGAUGCAGUACGUUCUGGAACUAUUACGCGUUUCUCUCUCUCUCGUCCGGUUAUCGUUUUAAGGCUUCACAUUCUGUCAUUUCAACGGUUGAAAGUGAAUCAGCGAGCCUUUUGUUGUGGCCAUCCUUAAACAGCUGGUCACUUCAGCUUCUCAAACACACACACACACACAUUUUAUCUAAACUGUGACCAUAACAAGAUACACUAAGGGAUGGGAUGCACACACUUCCCUGGAUAGCAACGAUCAUGUGACCAGGUAAAAGGGACAAACAACAAGAGGUGCAGUUCAAAAUAAUUUAUGAAUAAAAACACAUUGGAUAUCAGUGUAAAAAAGAAUGGUUUAAGUGUCUAUCGUGGCAUUGAAGUGUGUAAUAAAAUCACAUUUGGCUUUAUUAAA